UCUCUUUGGAGGCCCCUUGUUAGUGGUUGCGCUGGUACUCCGGCUGAAGUAUCACAUAUGGCGGCGAUUUGCACCUCCGUGCACUCCUUCUCACCACCGGCAGUUGCACCAACCUCCAGAUUAUCGUCAUCGGCUUCCACAUCUUCUUUAUCGUCAGUUUCGUUGUUUUCGAGACGCCGGAGGGUGAAAACGGCGUCGUAUUCGAUGAUUGUGUGUAUGGCUCCUGAUGAAGAGAAGCUCACUCGCCGUAACCCUCUCGAUUUCCCUGUUGAAUGGGAGAGACCUAAGCCUGGUAGACGGCCCGAUAUAUUUCCUCAAUUCAGCCCAAUGAAAACACCAUUACCACCCCCAUUACCAUACGACCCAUCGCCAGAAGAGGAAGAAGAGGAAGAUGAGGAAAACAAAGAAGAAGAGGAAGAAGAUCCCGAUAAGGAACAACAACCCGAGACCCGCCAUGGUCACUGAGACAUUGACCACGGACCAAUCUCCGAUUUUCCUGACCGAACAGGAGUGCUUGCAAUGAGAUGAAAAGAGUAUUUAGUGUACCAUAGCUGAGUCAGUCGUUGUAGUGUAUUUUUGGAUACCAAAUUUCUUUUUCUUGUUUAUUUGUUAAUGUAAACCGGCCCAUGACUUUGUAGAAUCGACUUUUACAUGGGAAUAAACGGGUCUAUCCUUUCGUUGUUUGAAU